AUGGAUGCUGCCAACACCGCGUUAUCGCUCGUCGCAUCUGCGGCGAGCAACUUGGCCAUGGCGACGACUGCGCCCAGCUCGGUAUCCUUCUGGGCAACAUCGGCAUCACCGUCCCCUUCAUCAUACAUGAUCUACCCCCACAACCCGACGGCUUAUGGUCAAGAUCCCAACGAGGAGGAAGAUGGGGAGUGCAAACUUCUUGGGCCGUUCUCACUGCUGGUGCAGGCAGCUCUUGGCGCCCUGGCCCUCUCGUCGCUGGUGUACAAGCGGUGGAGGGAACGCCCGCAGCGACCGCUCAAAGUGUGGGCCUUUGAUGCGUCCAAGCAAGUUUUUGGAUCGGGACUGCUUCAUUUGGCCAAUCUUUUAUUGUCCAUGUUCUCGGCGGGGGAGCUGGGGAUUCGCAAAGCGUACAAACCGAAUCCCUGUUCGAUCUAUCUCCUGAAUCUGGGUAUUGAUACUACUCUGGGUAUCCCAAUCCUCAUUAUGAUCCUGCGUGGGUUGAACUACAUCGCAUUCUACACCCCGCUGGCCAAUCCACCCGAAUCCAUCGAAUCCGGCAACUAUGGUCAACCGCCCCGAGCUCUGUGGUGGCUGAAGCAGUCGAUGAUAUAUUUCAUUGGCCUUCUCGGCAUGAAGAUCUGCGUAUUCUUCCUCAUCUCCCUGUUCCCUUUCAUCAUCAAGGUGGGUGACUGGGCCUUGGGUUGGACUGAAGGAAACACCGCUCUUCAAAUCGCGUUUGUCAUGCUCCUGUUCCCGGUCAUCAUGAAUGCGCUUCAAUACUAUAUCAUCGAUCACUUUAUCAAGAAGCACGCUUCACAAGACACCUUGUACGAUGCGCCCAACUCGGCAGAUGACGACGAGGAUGCUCCUCGGCGAGAAGCGCUCCUGGACGGAUUCGAUGAGGCAUACUCGACCGACUCGGACGCAGAAAGCUCCCGUCAAAAGCCCACCGUGACGGUCAGCAAAUCCAAGACCAAAGCCACCUCGAAUGAACUGGCCCACUCGGAAGACGUUCUCACGGAAGAUUUCUCGCCGGUUCCGCCUUAUGAACCGCCAAGCUCGAGCAGUAGCCGCAGCGGACGCAAGUGA